AUGGCGUCGAGUUGCGUUAAAAAUGUUGGUACUUCGCCGGAGAAGUUAUCGAUGGCGAGUUACACUUGGAAGAGCUCCAAAACGUCAGCGAAGAGCCGAGAAUCUCAACCGCAGUUGGAAAACGAAGAUCCUGUGGAUUUCGAGUUUCUUCUCGAAGAUCCCGUCACAAUGUUAAGCGCCGACGAGCUUUUCUCCGACGGAAAGCUAGUCCCGCUCAAGUUUUCCGGCGCGGUGAAUCCGGAGGAGAAGAAGCGUAUAACAACGCCGGUUAACACGGCGGCGAAACCAUACCGAAGAUUAGAGAUGGAGAUCUCCGGCGGCGUUGAUCCUUACCUUUUCUCUCCGAGAGCUCCUCGUUGCACUGUGAGAUGGCGUGAGCUUUUAGGCCUUAAAAGACUCGUCAAGACUCAAGAAGAAGCUUCUUCUUCCUCGUCGAGGUUAUCUUCUUCUUCUCCAAAUCCCAAAACGGCAUCGUUUAGACAUCUUCUCAACCGGAGCUCCAAAUCCACCGCCGCAGCUCCGCCGUCUCCUCCGCCGCUAGACGUAUCGGAGUCAUCAACAUUAUCUUUAGAUCUCGAUAAAUCGGGAACACCAAACCCGUUCGCUAGGUCACGUGCCUACCACAACCACCAUCACGUGAGGAAGCCACGUCAUCGUCAUCAACAUCAUUCACCGGCCGAUGAAUCGACGACGACGGAGAGUAGUAAUGAGCCGAGAGUGUUAACGGUGACUGCUGAUAGUCCGAGACUUAAUGCUUCAGGGAAAAUCGUGUUUCAUGGACUCGAGAGAAGCUCGAGCAGUCCCGGUAACUUCACCGGCGGACCAAGAAUGAAACAUCACCAUGGUAUGCCGAGAUCUUACUCAGCUAAUGUCAGAAUCACUCCUGUUCUUAAUGUUCCUGUCUCUUCUCUCCGUGGCGGACCCAAAUCUGAGCUCAGUUACAGAGCAGCAGCAACAACAAGAACCGAACCAAUCGAACCAGACUUGAACCGACUAGUGAAAUCUAAGAACCAAACCGGAUUUUAG